ACAAAAUCGACACGAUGGCUAAAGAUCAGUCAAACGCAGAGAGUCUGCAACAGGAGAAUGAACGACUGAAACGUGAGAUACAUAGAAUGGGAAAAGAACAAAGUAAGGUGUUAGAAGAGAAUCAAACUAUACAGAAGGAAUAUGAGAGAACGCUAGACGAAAUGAGGCACAAGGAAAUAGAGCUGGAAAAGCAAAAGCAGAAAAUGAUUGCUGUGAUGGAAAAGAAGAGAGAAACGUUAGAAAAGAAGAUCAAAGAGUUAGAAACAGAGAACCAGCAGGUAAGGCCAGAAGCAGAUACGAUUCAGGCCCAGUCUGAGAGGGUAGCUCAGGAAUAUGAACAGAUUAGACAGGAGAAUGAGGAACUAAAAAUCGAAAAUGGAAAUUUAAGAGGAGGUAUAGACGAAAUGACAGGAGAGGUGGAAAAAGAAGAAAAGAUACAGGCUCAAUGUUUUGAACUACAACGGGAGAACGAUAACUUAAAAAGGGAACUUGAGGCCAUCGGGAGGGAAAAUGUUGAGCUGAAAAAGUUAGAACAAGAACUUUCUCUCCUGAAGUCCCAGAGUGAAAGAAUUCUGAAAGGCAAUAAAGACGUACUGGAAGAUAGCGAGUUCAGGAAAGGGCACAGUGAGGUGGUUAAGAAAAAUGAAGAAAUUGACAAGGAAAAGAAUGACGAAGCAGAAGGGUUGAAGAAAGAAAAUCCUGCAUCUGAGUUAGAAAUGGAAAGUAUGCGAGAGGAAAAUGAGAAAUCUAAACAAGAAAUUGAACAGCUAAUAAAGGCCCUUGACGAGACGGAAAAUGACAACAAAGCAAUUAGAGAGGAAAAGAAGACGCUGGCUAAAGAGAUGGGCAUUUUGAAAUCUGAAGUUUCUGCCCUUAAGCAGCGAAAUGAAAGCAUGAGUGAGGAAAAUAGGAAGUUAAACAUGGAAAUAGAAAGAAUGAAAGACGAGUUGCAGCAUCAGAAAGAUCAGAUAACACAAAGCCAUGGUCAAAUCAUGGACGAAGUUUUGAACCAAAUUGACAUGUUAGAGGGUGCAGGUAUGGAAAAGAAAAAAGAAAUCAAAGACACAGGUACAACUGAAAAGGAAGACCUGAGUCAGAACGAUGACAUUAACAUAGCUCUACAUGUGACACAAGACGUUAACGAAGAGUACAAGUCGGUAGAUGGGGGUCUAGAACACAAAACCGAAGUGCUAACAGAGGAGGAACUGCAGACAUCAGAUUAUGUUUAUCAAGAUGCAGACGAGCUAAGCUAUGAGGAAGAGAAAAUCGAUAACGGGGCAACAGUUACGUGUGGGGAGGGAGAAACCAUGGAAGGACAAGCUAUAACUAGGAUAGAGCGGAUGAAAGCGAUGGGCAAGGGCUAA